AUGCCUUGUAUAUAAAAAGUAGGCCACAAAAGAGACCUAAUGCUUUGCCCAAAAAAUGUCACUAAUGACUGUCUUGAAAACACCAAGAUCAUGACAAAGAAAGAUGAGAAACACGGCAGCCGCAGUAGGAGAGGGAAAAAAAGUAGCAGUUUAAAACACAAAUACAGAUAAGUAAGGAAUAAAGGGAAAGAACCUUUGCAUAUUUCGACCUGUGCAUAAUACUUCCUUUCACAGCUUCAUUUCAUGGUCUCAAACAGGAGACAGAGUUCAAACUUGAUAUCUCCGUUUUCCAGAGUCCAAAUUUACUGUUGUCCUCUGGAGUUUUGCUUUGAGUUCCUUCCUCUGUUGCCUAGGCAGCAAACAUCGGAGAAUGAAAGUUGAUUUUAGCGCAGGACACUAGGGACCAGAGUUUUUGCAGCAACCAGAAAUUUUGAAAGUCGACGUUUCCAAAGGAAGGACACAAACGCAAUGGGUUCCCAAGCUGGUUCAAAGCCAAAAGAACAAGACGAUUACAAGCUGAAGGACACAAAACCUGAGCUGGGAGAAAAAUGGCCCCAUGGGGGACAACGUGGAGGGAGUGGGUGGAUUGCAAGCGACAGGGCCACCAGCACUUACGACCUGGUGGAACAGAUGUUCUAUCUCUAUGUCCGAGUUGCGAAAGCCAAAGACCUACCUCCAAAUCCUGUGACAGGAAAUUGUGACCCUUACGUGGAAGUCAAGGUCGGCAACUACAAGGGCAAAACAAGACACUUCGAGAAGAAGAGCAAUCCCGAGUGGAAACAGGUUUUUGCAUUCUCCAAGGAAAAGAUACAAUCUUCAGUCGUUGAGGUGUUUGUCAGAGACAAAGAGAUGGUGUCCCGAGAUGAGUACAUCGGAAAAGUGGAAUUUGACAUGCAUGAAGUUCCAACCAGAGUGCCCCCAGAUAGCCCUCUGGCUCCUCAGUGGUAUAGAUUAGAGGACAGAAGAGGAGAGAAAAAGGUGAAAGGAGAAGUGAUGCUGGCAGUUUGGAUGGGAACACAAGCUGAUGAAGCAUUUCCUGAUGCAUGGCAUUCGGAUGCUGCUUCAGUACAAGGAGAGGGAGUUUAUACAAUUCGGUCCAAGGUUUAUGUUUCACCAAAACUGUGGUAUCUCAGAGUAAAUGUGAUCGAAGCUCAAGAUGUAGAGCCAAGCGAUAAAAGCCAACCACCCCAAGUGUUUGUGAAGGCUCAAGUAGGAAAUCAAGUACUCAAAACUAAGGUAUGUCCGACAAAAACAACAAAUCCGUUCUGGAACGAGGAUCUCUUGUUUGUGGCAGCAGAGCCGUUUGAAGAACAACUGGUGCUGACUGUGGAAAACAAGAUAGGAUCAAAAGAUGAAAUUGCUGGUAGGAUAAGCAUCCCACUUAAUAAAUUCGAGAAGCGUUUGGAUCAUCGUCCAGUUCAUUCUCGCUGGUUCAAUCUAGAAAGUUUUGGUUUUGGUGCUUUGGAGGGAGACAAAAGGCAUGAACUCAAAUUCUCUACUCGGAUUCAUCUCAGAGUGUCUCUCGAGGGUGGCUACCAUGUUUUGGAUGAAUCUACGUUAUAUAUAAGCGAUACAAAACCAACCGCGAGACAGCUAUGGAAGCAGCCAGUUGGAAUUCUGGAAGUAGGAAUAUUGAGCGCUCAAGGGCUCCAACCUAUGAAGACCAAGGACGGAAAAUCAACCACCGAUGCUUAUUGUGUUGCCAAGUACGGACAAAAAUGGGUCAGAACAAGAACCAUCACCGAUAGCUCAAACCCCAAAUGGAAUGAGCAAUACAUGUGGGAAGUAUACGACCCUUGCACUGUGGUAACCUUGGGAGUUUUCGACAACUGCCAUUUGGGAGGGAAUGAGAAGCCAUUAUCAGGAAGUGGAGCCAAAGUUGAUUCCAAAAUAGGAAAGGUAAGAAUUCGCUUAUCAACUCUCGUAAUGGAUAGGAUAUACACUAACUCUUACCCCUUGCUUGUUCUACGUCCUUCUGGAUUGAAGAAGACGGGUGAACUUCAGUUAGCUGUUAGAUUUACUUGUCUUUCCUUAGCGCACAUACUUUACCUCUAUGGGCAACCCUUACUCCCCAAAAUGCAUUAUCAGCAUCCAUUCACUGUGAAUCAAUUAGACAGUUUGAGAUUCCAGGCCAUGAACAUUGUGGCAGUAAGGCUUGGGAGAGCAGAGCCACCCCUGAGGAAAGAGGUUGUAGAGUACAUGCUAGACGUGGACUCUCACAUGUGGAGCUUAAGAAGAAGCAAAGCUAAUUUCUUCAGAGUAGUAUCAGUAUUUUCUGGUGCAAUAGCUAUGAGCAAGUGGCUGGAAGAAGUUAAAAAAUGGAAGAACCCAGUGACCUCAAUUCUAGUACACAUCCUGUUCUUCAUAUUAAUCAGCUACCCUGAACUGAUCCUCCCCACCAUCUUCCUGUACAUGUUUGUGAUCGGCAUAUGGAACUUCCGGUUCAGGCCAAGACACCCGCCUCACAUGGACACAAAACUUUCAUGGGCAGAAGCAGCACAACCUGAUGAACUGGAUGAAGAGUUUGAUACUUUUCCAACUUCUAAGGCACAGGACGUGGUGAAAAUGAGGUAUGAUAGGCUGAGGAGUGUGGCGGGAAGAAUACAAACAGUGGUGGGAGAUAUUGCAACACAAGGUGAGAGAUUUCAUGCACUCCUGAAUUGGAGAGACCCAAGAGCGACUUGUUUGUUUGUAAUGUUCUGUUUGGUUGCGGCUGUGGCCCUAUACAUAACACCUUUCAAGGUGAUCGCUGCACUUCUCGGAGUUUACUGGCUUCGUCACCCCAGGUUCCGAAGCAAACAACCCACUGCUCCAAGCAAUUUCUUCAGGAGAUUGCCUUCUCGUGCUGAUACUAUGCUUUAAGCAUCAGCAUUUGUCGUUUUUCUUUUUCUACGGCAACCCUUAAUUUUUUUCCUAUUUUUUCAGUUUGGGCGAUGAAUUUUCUAGUCAUUGGAUUUGUUAUUCUUCGUGUUAUUUGACGCUGAGGCAUUUUGAACGUAAUGGCUGAGAAUGACUCUGCAAGGCUAAA